GUGUCCUCUUUCUGGGGUCAACUUUAUUUCGACUCCUUUUACCACAAUUACCCGGCCCGGUUCUGGCUCCGAGCUUUCGCGGAGCUCCGGCCCGAGCGCAUGCACCGGGCCGGUGAUAUGUCUCCACUCGCGACCGCAAUUCAUAGAGAACCGGCACGGAAGACGACUCCGAUCGCGACCGCCUGGCAGCUUUACACGCGCCGAAAAUCCUCUGAGCAGUGCUUUUCUCACUCCCCCCAAGUAUUCUACGAGUGUUAG